CUGCAUCUCAUAAAUUGUUUUAUAUUCAUAGUAUAAUUUAUAACUUUUAAUAAAAUUAUAUAUUGUAAACAUUCUGUUAAACAGUUUUAUUUAUGAAAUAAUAAUACAAUUACUUUAAUUGUUAGUUUCUAUUUAUUUUCUUUAUUUAUAAUACAUAUUAUUAUGCCAGUUAUAUUAGUGUUUCUUUCUAAAAGUCUUAUAAAAUUAUACUUCAUAAUGCAGAAUAACCACGAUAAUAUACUAUCAAUAAAUUUAAAGAAUAGUUUUAGUUUCCAUAAUGUAUGAUAAGAUACCAUUCUGGUUUCACACACUGGAAAAUAUGAUAACAAUAGAUAAUAAAUGGUUAAAUAGACGAUGACAGCUUAGGACUAGCCAGUUGAAUUGAUUCUGUUUGUUGACUUGUAUGAAUUCACAAUCAGAAUAAUUCUAUAUAAAAGGAAUUGUACAAAACUGAAAUGCAUAUAUUGCUCUUGUUAGCUUGUGCCUUAACGGCAUUGGCAACUGAAUAUGAUCCUUUGUCAGAUGAAUUUAUCAACUACAUAAAUACAUUAAAUACUACUUGGAAGGCAGGAAGAAAUUUUCACAGGAAUACUUCGCCUAAGUUCUUUCAGAAAAUUAUGGGAGUUCAUCCAUCACCACCACCAUCGGCUAAAUAUUUGUCAAGGUUAGACACGUCAAGUUACAAAAUACAAGGACCGAUACCAGAUAGUUUUGACUCUAGAACCCAGUGGCCUGAUUGUCCAACGAUUUCUGAAGUUGAUGACCAAGGUGCUUGUGGUAGUUGCUGGGCCUUUGGUGCAAUAGGAGCAAUGUCGGACCGAAUUUGUAUCCACUCAAAUGGUAGUGUGAACGCACGACUUUCUCCUCAAAAUCUUAUAUCUUGCUGCUGGUCAUGUGGAUUUGGCUGCAAUGGAGGAUUCCCAGGAGCUGCAUGGAGGUAUUGGGUGCACAAAGGGCUCGUAACAGGAGGUUCAUAUAAUAGCAACCAGGGUUGCAUUCCUUACGGGAUACAACCUUGCGAACAUCACGUUCCAGGCCCUCAUCCACAAUGCGACAAAGAGCAUCCAACAACACCGAAAUGCAUUAGGCAGUGCCAACCAUCAUAUUCCGUUUCUUAUACGGAAGACUUACAUUACGGAAAGUCAGCUUACUCGAUAGAAGGACACCCAAAAGCUAUUCAGCUUGAGAUAUUGAAUAACGGCCCAGUAGAAGGAACAUUUUCAGUCUAUGAAGACUUCUUGAGCUAUAAAAAAGGAGUUUACCAGCACGUAACCGGUAAAGGUCUUGGAGGUCACGCUAUAAGGAUUCUUGGUUGGGGAGUAGAAAAUGGAACCCCGUAUUGGUUAAUAGUUAACUCAUGGAACACCGAUUGGGGUGACAAAGGAUACUUCAAAAUUCUGAGAGGAAAAGAUGAAUGUGGCAUUGAAGGCUCAGUUUCUGCUGGAUUGCCAAAGUAUAAAUGAUAGCAUAUUGCGUUAUUUUAUGUUAAUAUUGUAUUUUUAUCUUUUUUUAAUGUAAUGCUUUAGAAAUAAAGUUAUGAUUACAUAUUUUCCAAACAAAUUGUUAUUAAUGAAAUUUUACCGUGUUAAUAUUCACAAAUUUUCAUAUUAAUGUGACAAACAAAAAAUAAUAAAACAAAAAAUGAACAUUAAACUAUUACCCAAAGACUCCAGAAUGAUUUCAUUAGAAGAAAAUGGGACUGAACUUUUAAGAUGAAGAAAUUAAAAGAUCUUAGAUUACAUUACAUCAUAAAAAAUAUUAGAUUUAGAACAGAUAGUAUUAAGAAUUAAAUCCUUAUUACAAUAAAUAGCACUGAUGUGAAUAAAAACUGUUUGAUUUGGUGCUGUUCUUGAUUAUUUUUUUUAUUCUUUUAUAAGGUAUUAUAGAAACCUUAAAAAUUUCAUGUAUAGAUUGAACCAAUCAACAUAUAAAUCAAAUAUUGAAUCAACUAUAAAUUGUAAACUUAUUGAGUAAUAAACAAAUAUAUUUUUUUUU